CGCAGCCAUGAACGACUUUGACGAGUGCGGCCCGAGCGCAGCCAGCAUGUACCUGCCGGGCUGCGCCUACUACGUGGCCCCGUCGGACUUCGCCAGCAAGCCGUCGUUCCUCUCGCAGCCGUCCUCCUGCCAGAUGACUUUCCCCUACUCGUCCAACCUGGCGCCGCACGUCCAGCCCGUGCGGGAGGUGGCCUUUCGCGACUACGGCCUGGAGCGCGCCAAGUGGCCGUACCGUGGCGGCGGCGGCGGCGGCGCGGGGGGCGGCGGCGGGGGCGGCCCCGGCGGGGGUGGCGGCGGCUCCGGGGGCUACGCUCCCUACUACGCCGCGGCGGCGGCGGCGGCGGCGGCGGCGGCAGCGGCGGAGGAAGCGGCCAUGCAGCGGGAUCUGCUCCCGCCGGGCGGCCGCCGGCCAGACGUGCUCUUCAAGGCUCCCGAGCCGGUGUGUGGCGCUCCCGGGCCGCCGCACGGUCCCGCGGCCGCCGCCUCCAACUUCUACAGCGCCGUGGGUCGCAACGGCAUCCUGCCCCAGGGCUUUGAUCAGUUCUACGAGGCGGCGCCGGGACCCCCCUUCGCCGGCCCGCAGCCCCAGCCCGCGCCCGCGCCGCCGCAGCCCGAGGGCGCCGCUGACAAGGGCGACCCCAAGGCCGGGGCUGGUGGCGGCGGGGGCAGUCCCUGCGCCAAGGCGACUCCCGGCCCGGAGCCCAAGGGGGCGGCGGAAGGCGGCGGUGGCGAAGUCGAGGGCCCCCCGGGGGAGGCGGGGGCCGAGAAGAGCGGAGGCACAGUGGCCCCCCAGAGGUCCCGGAAAAAGCGCUGCCCCUACACCAAGUACCAGAUCCGCGAACUGGAACGCGAGUUUUUCUUUAAUGUAUACAUAAACAAAGAGAAAAGACUCCAACUCUCUCGGAUGCUCAACCUCACUGACCGGCAAGUCAAAAUCUGGUUCCAGAAUCGCAGGAUGAAAGAAAAGAAACUGAACAGAGACCGUCUGCAGUAUUUCACUGGAAACCCCUUAUUUUGAGAGCUCCAGGAAGCGCCCCCUCCCCAGAGCCCCACUCACCCACCCUCCUCCCCACAGCCUGCCCUCCGCAGGCCCAAUGUCCUUGGGUUCAAUGACGCCUCUUCUCUGUGGAACUUCACGAUUCCUUCUGGCGGUCAACUCGGGACCUCCCAGCGACCACUGCAGCCUGAGGACGAGGCCGGGGACUUGGCCGAGCGGAUCCUAAUAAGGGGAAAAUGAGGAAAUCAAGUCUGAUACUCCAACCAGCAAUUGGCUCACUGCAAAGAGUGGCAGAAAGAAGAGGUGCCCUUACACUAAGCACCAAACGCUGGAAUUAGAAAAAGAGUUCU